AUGGCAUGGCCAAGAUGGGAUUUUUUUCUGUUUCUGAUGCUCGGAAGGAUGUUUUUAGCGCAAGUCUCUGCUGCAAGUGAUACCUUAACUCAAUCCCAACAACUGUCACUAAAUCAGACACUUGUCUCUGCUGGAAAAAUAUGUGAGCUGGGCUUCUUCAGUCCACAUAGCUCGAGGAGUCUAUGUCUCGGAAUUUGGUUCAAGAAUAUUCCUCGUCAGAGGAUAUUAUGGGUAGCAAAUAGAGAAAAUCCACUCCCAGCUUCUGACUCAACUGCAAUCUUGAAGAUUGGAGGUGAUGGGAACCUCAUAAUUAUGGAUGGCAAUCAAAAUAUCAUUUGGUCAACAAAUAUCUCUGUUCAGUCUAAUAAGACAACUGCUGUACUUACAGACAAAGGGGAAUUCAUUCUUAAAGACGAUGUCACGGGAUCAUCUUUAUGGGAUAGUUUUAACUAUCCUUGUGAUACUUUGUUAUCAGGAAUGAAUAUUGGAUACAACACCAGUUCUGGGGUAAAACUUGUUUUAUCGUCCUGGCAGGCUGAAAAUGAUCCAUCUCCUGGAAAGUUUACUGCCGGACUAUCGGUGGAGAUGCCACUUCAAGGCUUCACUUGGACUAAUUACUCAAAGCCUUACUGGAGAGGUGGACCAUGGGACGGAGCGAACUUCAUAGGCAUACCUGCUGUUGACAAGGGGUAUGCAAGUAAUAUAAAUGUAAUAGUAAACAAGCAACAGGAAUCUGCCUUUCUCAGUUUCAAUGAUUUCAACAAUUCUGAUGUUAUAAUCAUGGUCCUAAAACCAUCAGGGCUAUUGCAGAUGAUUGUAUGGGUGGGAGAACUGAAUGCAUGGCAAGUCACAUGGGAGGCACCAGGCAAUCCAUGUGAUGUUUAUGGAACUUGUGGUCCUUACAGUGUUUGUGACAUGGGUAAGUCUCCAGUCUGUGAUUGCUUGAGAGGAUUUGUACCAAGGUCGACUGAUGAAUGGAUCAGAGGAAAUUGGACUGGUGGCUGUGUGAGGCGAACUAAACUUCUAUGUGAAAUCAGUACAAGUGGCAAUGCUACAAAGGGAUCCGAAAGUGACAACUUCUUGCAGCUGACAGAGAUGAAACUGCCAGAUCACUACACAUAUUUUUAUGUCUAUGAUGCUCAGAGCUGCAAAGAGUGGUGCCUGAAUAACUGUUCCUGUGCAGCAUAUGCAUAUCCAGAUAGAAUUAACUGUAUGGUUUGGACUUCAGAACUUGUUGAUGUUCAGCAGUUUCCAUAUGAUGGUGUGGAUUUGUUUCUUCGUCUUGCGUAUUCUGAACUAGGUAAAUUCAAUUCUCAUCAUUAUGCUUAG